AUGGAAGACGAAGAUGAGAACAUUUGUUUACUGUCUUAUAAGUUUUAUUUCCUCCGUUUUCCUCGUAAAGUGCGGAUUCCAUAUAAUAUCAUAAAGGAAUCUAACCCGAAUAAGGUUGCUGGGAAAAAACAAGAUCAAGAAAGUGUUAUUUCCGUUUCUUCACAUCCAGCAAUGGAUCAAGGGAAAGUGAGAUCUCUCAAGUGUUAA